ACGUGACCAGGGGCGUGCUGCGGCCGCCCGGGCGCACCCGGCGAGAGGCGGCAGCGGCGGGAGCGGCAGUGAUGGACGGGUCCGGGGAGCAGCCCAGAGGAGGGGGGCCCACCAGCUCUGAGCAGAUCAUGAAGACAGGGGCCCUUUUGCUUCAGGGUUUCAUCCAGGAUCGAGCUGGUCGCAUGGGGGGAGAGACGCCGGAGUUGGGUCUAGAGCAGACGCCGCAAGAUGCAUCCACCAAGAAACUGAGCGAAUGUCUCAAACGCAUCGGCGAUGAACUGGACAGUAACAUGGAGCUACAGAGGAUGAUUGCAGCCGUGGACACAGACUCCCCCCGGGAAGUCUUUUUCAGGGUGGCCGCAGAGAUGUUUUCUGAUGGCAACUUCAACUGGGGCCGGGUUGUUGCCCUUUUCUACUUUGCCUGCAAACUGGUGCUCAAGGCCCUGUGCACCAAGGUGCCGGAGCUGAUCAGAACCAUCAUGGGCUGGACGCUGGACUUCCUGCGGGAGCGGCUGCUGGGCUGGAUCCAGGACCAGGGUGGUUGGGACGGGCUCCUUUCCUACUUCGGGACCCCCACGUGGCAGACAGUGACGAUCUUCGUGGCCGGCGUGCUCACCGCCUCCCUCACCAUCUGGAAGAAAAUGGGCUGAGGCCAGCAGCCACCUUGGACUGUGUCUUUUCUGCAUAAAUUAUGGCAUUUUUCGGGGA